UCUGGUUCUUUCCUCAGUUCGGUCCCGCAUCCGAUUGUUACAGGUACGGGAGCUCCUGGGCCGGCUUCCUGAGAGACCUCUACGGGCCGCCCGCCGCCCCGGCCCGCCUUCCCGCAGCGCGCCGUCCCACAAGAACGCAUUACCUAGUGCCAUGGUCACAGUCGCCGUCACAGGCACCCUCAACCCCACCCCUGGCCGGCCCGCUGGCCCGCUCUCUCCCUCGCUCACCCACACCUGCCCUCAAGCUCCCCAGGGCAGCAGAUGCGGAUGAAGGCGGAAUUCCACGCCCCGCAAAGGCCCGCCAGCUCUGGGGAAGGGAAGAGGCGGCGCGGUCCGGUGCCGCCCCCCAGCUGAUGUCCCAGAUUGUGCCUUUUUAGCCACAAGAAGCAUGGAGGUAAUUCACGGCAGGCCCUACUGCUGCAGCGAGCUGGAGGGAGCUGACACGCUAUCAGACACCUUUUACUCUAAUGAAUUGCACACUCCGCUACAAACAGCUACUCGCCCAACCGCCUCAGAGGACAGGUAUCAGGAAUUGAGGGAGUCGCGCCAACAAUGUAGGCUUCCGUGGGGCGCUGACAGGGAAUAUGGCGGGAUGGUACCCAUUUCGCUCCCCGAGGAACACAGACCAAAACGUGAACAUCUUCGUGUCAUGGGCAAGGGACAUCAGCAUUAUGGAUUUGGUGGAGAAACCUGGCCAAGAAAACUUCCUAUCGAACAAUUCUAUUAUUUGACGCAGAACAAAAAAAGUGACCUCUAUGGAAGUGAUUCUUUGAUGCCCAAACCCCCUAAUUCAACAGUAGGCGAGAUCUGCUCCCCGUAUCCGAUGGAACACCCCUACCACACACACAUCUCUCGCGGUGCCAUGUUCCCGUCCUUCAGGUCACCUAAGGAUCUCUACACCGGCAUUAAAGCCCGAAACCAACAGCCAUUUCCUCCCACUGUGCCAACGAAGGCUUACGACACAAUCGUUUUGAAGACACGAGGUAAUCCUUAUAGAUACGAACUGCUUGAUUUUCCCAAGGAUUCAAAGAAGAAAGCCUUGACUUGGCCGGGUCAGGGUGUAUAUUAUGACUUUCCUAAAUGUCUUGGAAAAAACAAGCCAGUAUUCUACCCAAAACCUCCUAAAACCUUCGCUCCUAACACUUCUUUAAAUUCAUGGGAUCCUAUGAACUCUGUCAAAGAAGCCAACAUACAAAGAAAUCUGGAGAGGUCCCACUGGCUUACUACGUACGCUCAUGAUUUUACAGGUCUGGGGCCCAUGAACCCCCUUGAACUGGAUGACUACAGCGAGAAGGAGGUAGCAGAAUUAGCCUCCCAGACAGGAUUUGACCCAGAGCCUCAAGAAAAAUUCCAUCCUAUCUUAAAACCUCCCAGACCCUCUGAAGGACGAAUUGCCCGAUUGAUUCACAAUCGACAUCCUCUGGAGGCCACUGUCCAGCAAAGACCACCUUCCUGUCCAGAUUGUACCCCUAGAGUGUUGUGUAAUUUUCACACCUUUGUACCUAGUUGUACAGAAAUGAUGGCGCUCAGUGGUACCGCACCCGCGGGUGUGACCCGUAAGCACCAGGACAUUGAGGACAAGAUUAAGGAAGAACAAAGCUUGUUAUCUACCUAUGCACGUCCCCCCUGUCAUCCAACCAAAGAUCUGACUAACAUUUAUGACAGAACACCAUUCCCCAAAAUCACGGAUACUACGAAGACAGAUGAUUUGUACUGGAGACAGCUGUCAUUAAGACCCCACCCUGUACUUUACUGCAAUCCGAGCAAUUACCUUCAGUAUGAACAGUUUAAAUCGGCCUUAUAUGACCAGUAUGCUCUGUGUCGAAAUCCUGUUAGCCUUAGUAAGCCUAGUAUUUUACAACCUAAACCAGACUCGGAAGCUUUCAAUCUAGAACAUUUUUUAAGUAAGCCAGAAGAAGAGAUGAACUUGAACAUGGACAAUGAUGAAGAAACAAGAGCUCUUUUGGGUUGGAUUCCUCGAGAGGGAGUGGCCAAGCCUCAGACAGACCUACUGGAGCUUAAGAACUCUUUUUCAAAAACUGGUGCACAAAAACGUUUCCAUAAAUCAAUUCUAGAAGACCAUAAAGACCUCAGGGAUACAGCGCAGUCAGGGAUGAAACACCAAUUCUUUGGCCAUAAUUCCUAUUAUUUCUAUAAUUGAGAUAUUCAUCCUUCCCUUCAAAACCCAGCCUCCUGCAAGAAAACAAAAAAAUAUAACAGCAUUUCUUCCUUGUUGCUGGAUUCUGUUUUAUAGAGGAGCCACAAUGACCUUGUUAUUGAGGUUUGUGUUUUCAGGAAUUUAAGUUAGGAUCCAGUCAGAGAAAACCAGAGAAGGUGAUGUUCUGACUUCUUGAACAGUUUGGCAAUAAAAUGUUAGAACCAGAAAAA